AUGCACCCAUACUUUGUCGCUAGUAUACUCGUCGGUUCCGUUGCGGUAGCCUAUGGUGCUUAUCUCAUUUAUAAAGAGAUAUCAGAGGAAGCUUUAUAUGUUCCGAAUGAACUUGCAUACACGCGUGGUCGCAAAGGUGAAGAAGAAGAAUCGUCUGUUGUAGGAUCAGAAAAGCAAGGAUUGAGGAGGAGAAGGAAGUCAAAUUCGCAAAGUAUCGAAGAAGACGAACAAGAAUUGUUAGAUAGAUAUUCAUACUUGAAUGCUUUAGAACAAGAGAUUGAACGUAAAAAGCAACAAUUGGUUGACGAAGAGCGUAUAUUGUCGGAAAAGGAGCAAGAAAUCCAGAAUAGAAAACAAUAUUUACAAAGCGUGAGCUCACGAUCCAGUUCAAAUACGGAUCUUUCACCUCUCGUCAGCCAACGUAAAGCUUCCAUCGCCUCUUCAAACACUUCAACUGGUGAAAUCAUUACGAAUGAACUCCUUGAUCAACCGGUAUUGAUCCAAGGAACAUUCCCAGUGACACCGGAUCCACCAAAAUCUGUUAUUUCCAUUCAAACCGUUUCUAGUGUCGAGGAAAGUCAACCAAUAAACAAAUCGUCGGAUGCGGCAGCUCAAUCAAUCCUUUCUCAACAUUUAUCUAAUAUUAGUUAUCAACAACAAUCUCCAUCCGAUCCCGACCCUUCCACCUUCAUUCAAAAUUCUGAUCUUGCUGCUAAUUUAACAAAGAUAAAUCCAUCUUCCAGAUCCGAACAGAAUGUAUAUCAAUUAAAUAACCCUCCAUACGCCGCGAAGUCAAUUAUAUCGGAAGAAACCUGGUCCGAAAUAGAUUCCGUGCUUUCGGAGAAUAUUGAAAGUGUUAUGUCUUCAGCUUUAGAUAUAGACAUGGAUGAAGUAGACGUCAUUGAGCAUUAA